AAUUUUGUUCUAGGUGACGAGGCUGAAGGUUUUUAAUUUUGUUAAAACAUAAUUGAUGCGGUGAUUGGCGGAAUAGAACUUUCUUCCUCCUGUCUCCUCUCAACUAUCAAGCACCUUCCCGCUCUCUCACCUACCACCGCUCACCACCUAACUAAAAGGCUAAGAAAACCCUCUCCUCUCCUCCGCGACUCAAGCCUUGAACCUUCAAAACCAACAAAAUAAAAAACCACCAUCGUCUCUCCAAACCAACCAUGGACUCUACUCUAGCGACUUCUGUUAUCCACCUCAAAACUCCUCCUUCCUUCAGCUCACCUUCACUUCUCCAUUCCACCACUCUCAAAUUCCACAAUUCUACCUCUACCCCUUCUCUCAAAAUACCAAAACCAGCCGCCUCCUCCUCAAAUCACACCUCCAAAAGCCCGUUAACCCAAAAGCUGAAAACCCUCACCAAAACAGUAAUUUUGAUUGGCGUCGCAGCUUCCAUUGCUGGCAAAUUCCCUGUAUUGCCUGCAAAAGCCGAAACCCCCGCAGCUCUCACCGAAGAAAACCCGGCUCUUGAAGGAGAAGAAGAGGUAGAUACAGAGAAACAUAAAAACCAGAAGCAAAGUGACCCAUCAACGCCAUUACAAGCAUUCCUUGAAUCUAAUGCUGAAGCGAUAGAGUCUCUGAAAUCACUUUUACAACAAAAACUUGAAAAUGGCCAAGACGAAGAGGCUUUAAAGAUUAUAAAGCUUUUAGUAUCUGCGCAACCGGAGGUAACUGAAUGGAAGUUUUUAAUGGCGAGAUUGCUGAACGAAAUGGGUCGAGCACAAGAUGCUCGCAAUGUUUUUGAAGAAAUUCUUGUCGCAAAUCCUUUGUCUUUUGAGGCCUUGUUCGAGAAUGCACUACUAAUGGACCGCUGUGGAGAAGGAGAGGCGGUUAUUAGAAGGUUACAAGAGGCUUUAGAUAUUGCAGAAGAGGAGAAUAAAGUGAAAGAAGCGAGGGACGUGAGGCUGAUUGUGGCACAGAUACAGUUCCGGCAAAAGAAUGUGGAGGAGGCGUUGAAGAGUUAUCAAGAGUUGUCAAAAGAGGAUCCUAAAGAUUUCAGGCCUUAUUUUUGUAGAGGGAUGAUAUAUAGUUUACUUGAUAGAAAUGAGGAGGCAAAAGAGCAGUUUGCCAAGUAUCGUGAGCUUUCGCCAAAGAAGUUUGAGGUGGAGGGGUAUUUGAGGACCUCAUUAUCAAGGAUGAAGCUUUUUGGGUCAAAUGAGAAGAACUGAGUUUUGGUUUUUGAAGUUUUGAGGUAAUAAUGAUUUGGAGAAUUCAACUACUCUCCAGAUAGAGAAGGAAGACAUUGGAUUUUUGGGUAAUAAUCCUCCAUCUCAUUUUGUUUAGGAUUGAUCUGGAAACGUGGCUGAAGUUUCACCAAGGAUAAUUAAAAAGAACAAAGAAAAAAGAACUGAGUUUUAUAGAGCUGUAACACUUGCAUUGUUACCACAGCAAUGGUUUUGAUCAUUCCUUUUGAGGAUUGUCUCCAUGUUAAUGCUAAAACUAUUGGCUUCACUUGCAAAACAUGAUAUCUUGUUGGCCUGCAUUUCUUGUGUUUGGAAUAUUGUGGUUUUAAAAUUUUCUUCAAAUCAA